UAUUUUGCUCAUUAUUUUUCACUCUCUAUUCUAUAAAUACCCUCUCUCACAUUCAUAUUUUCUUCAUCUCUUUCAUUAGUUUCCCCAUUAUUUUCAUAUUUCUUCUCUUAAAAACUUUCCCUUCCCUUCUUUUAUUACAUCUUCUCCAAUGGCCACUGAGGUUGAAUCAGCUGCAACUUUGCCGGAGACCGUGGAGUCACCGGAGGUGGUGAAGGCCGAGGAGAAAACUCCCGAAGAACAGCCAGCGACCGAGGCCAAACCGGAGGCUGAGUCAGCUAACGUAGAGAAGCCAAAACCUGAAGUUCAAGAGUCCGAUCAGGCAGAACAAACCGCGGAAGCCCCGGCGGAGCCCGAGAACCCUACGGAGGAACCCAAAGUUGAGGAGGAAGAAAAGAAAGAAGAAGCAGUAGUGCCAACCGAAUCGGUAGCGAAAGAAGAAGAGGUGCCUGAAGCUGAAGAACCAAAGGCUGAGGAGCCUCCAGCAGCCGAGGCUGAGGCCGAGGCCGAACCUGCGGCGGAGGAAGAGAAACAAGUUGAAGAAGAGAAACCAGCUGAGGUAGCAGAAGAGAAGGGCCAAGAAUAGAGAUCAAUGGAAAGAGCCAGUAUUAGUUCAUGAUCUCAGCUUUGUGGGACAACUAGUUUAAUUUUUAAUUAUGUGCUGUUUUUUCUUUUUAAUUUCUUAAAAGAAAAUUUGAUUUUCUAUUGGUUUAUUGAGGUUUUAUUGAGUGGGGAAUAUUGGAAUUAUAUUAAGAAAGUUAUGAUGUAUUAUGGAGUAUAGUACUUGAAAGAUUUGGCUGCUAUAUGGGAGUGAAGAUGUUUGAUCUCAAAUCUCUAAGAGUUAUAUUUUAUUAGAAUUUGAUCAA